AUGUUAAUAAACGGUUCAGAAUCUGCACAGAAUGGGUUAAAUCCUAACGAAACUCAAUUUCCCUUAAUUUUUGAUCCAACAAGAAAAGUAUUAAUACCACAAUAUGUUCACCCAGAAAAGUAUUUACCCCCUAUUGUAAACUCGACAGAAAGUAAUCCGACUUUUUCAGUUCUUUCAGACGAAGACACAGCUGAUGAACAAAAUGUGCCAUCACCUACUGAAACUAGUCACCUUUCAGUUUUUUCUGCUAAAGAUGAACAAGGAGAGUCUUCAACUAUACAGUCUAAUAAAUUAUGGACUGAGGAGGAGAUCAUGAUUUUACUCGAUUAUGUUGAAGCCAACUAUGAACAAUGGAAAAUUUGCAAAAAUGAAUUUUACAGAUUUAUUGAAAAAGCAAAUGUUUUAAAAAAAAAUUUCACAAGAAAACAAAUAGGAAAAAAAUUAAAUACACUUGUAGCUAUUUAUUCAAAACUUAGAAAAUGUAAAGAAAUUGGUAUCAAAUACGUAGGGCAAAAAAGGUUUUGUCCAUAUGAGAGGAUGCAUGAAAUAUUUGGUCAUCGACCAAUAGAAGAGUAUAUUAUAUUAAGGAAUACCUCUGAACUUAAGAAGCGUACUUUUCAAAAUAUUGAUUCUAUAGAUGAUGAUGAUGAACAAACAAAGUCCUCAAAAGUAAAAGCUAAGCGAGCAAAGUACUCUCGUGAAAGAAAUAUAUCAG